AUGUCGGACCGGAGCGCCCCGGGCUGCCGUCUCAGACUGGACUGGGUCUACGGGUACCGGGGCCACCAGUGCCGGAAUAAUCUGUACUACACUGCUGGGAAGGAGGUGGUGUACUUUGUGGCCGGGGUCGGCGUGGUUUACAACACCAGAGAGCACAGCCAGAGGUUUUACCUGGGCCACAACGAUGACAUCAUCAGCCUGGCGUUGCACCCGGAGCGCUCCCUGGUGGCGACCGGUCAGGUGGGGAAGGAUCCCUAUGUGUGUGUGUGGGACUCCUUCACCGCCCAGACCGUCUCUCUGCUCCGUGAUGGACACACACACGGCAUUGCCUGCCUCGCAUUCAGCGCUGAUGGACAGCGGUUAGCCUCGGUCGGCCUGGAUGCCAAGAACACAGUGUGUAUCUGGGAGUGGAAGAGAGGGAAGAUCCUGGCUACAGCCACCGGACACUCAGACAGGAUCUUCGAUAUCUGCUGGGAUCCGUUUCAACAAAACCGUCUGGUGAGCUGUGGAGUCAAACACAUCAAGUUCUGGUCUUUGUGUGGUAACGCUCUCACUCCAAAGAGGGGCAUUUUUGGGAAGACGGGCGACUUGCAGACCAUCCUGUGUGUCGCAUCGGCUAAAGAUGACAUCACAUACUCCGGGGCACUCAACGGGGACAUUUACGUCUGGAAGGGACUCAACUUGAUACGAACAGUUCAGGCCGCCCAUGGGGCCGGUAUCUUCAGUAUGUAUGCCUGCGAGGAAGGUUUUGCCACAGGAGGCCGAGAUGGUUGCGUCCGACUGUGGGACGUCGACUUCAAACCAAUCACCAAGAUCGACCUGCGAGAGGCUGAGCAGGGAUACAAAGUGUUUGAGGAGAAGUUUUCAGUGAUGGUAAGGGAUCGAGACAAGCCACUGCUGAUCAUGCAGGGACACAGCGAGGGCGAACUCUGGGCGCUGGACGUUCACCCUAAAAAACCUCUGGCUGUCACCGGCAGCGACGACCGCUCCGUCAGGUUAUGGAGUCUAGUGGAUCACGCACUCAUCGCUCGCUGUAACAUGGAGGAGGCAGUGCGGAGUGUGGCGUUCAGUGUGGACGGAUACCAGCUGGCUCUGGGCAUGAAAGAUGGAUCCUUUACUGUACUGAGAGUCAGAGACAUGACGGAGGUCGUUCACAUCAAAGAUAGGAAGGAGGUGAUCCAUGAGAUGAAGUUUUCUCCAGACGGAGCAUACCUCGCUGUUGGCUCCAAUGACGGACUUGUGGACAUCUACGCUGUUGCUCAGAGAUACAAGAAGAUAGGAGAGUGCUGUAAAUCCACCAGUUUUAUCACACACCUGGACUGGUCUCUGGACAGCAAAAUCCUGCAGACCAACGACGGAGCUGGAGAACGCCUCUUCUACCGAAUGCCCAUGGGGAAACCAAUUGUCAGUAAAGAGGAGGUAAAAGGUCAGUGCUGGGCAUCCUGGAGUGGCGUUCUGGGCUCAGAAGUCAGUGGCAUCUGGCCUAAAUACUCUAAUCUAACAGAGAUCAACGCCGUGGAUGCCAAUCAUGCUGCUGCUGUGCUUGUUACCGGAGACGACCUCGGCCUUGUUAAGCUGUACCGCUUCCCCUGUUUGAGGAAAGGAGCCAAAUUCAAGAAGUACAUUGGUCACUCAGCCCAUGUGACUAAUGUCCGCUGGUCACAUGACCUGCAGUGGGUGCUGACCACGGGUGGGGCUGACCACGCCCUCUUCCAGUGGAGGUUUCUACCAGAGUCAGUCAUGAAUGGAGGAGUGGAUAUCAACAUACAAGACAGCCACGGAGACUCCAACAGUGAGGAGUCGGACAGCGACGUGUCGGAUGUCCCGGAGCUUGACUCCGACAUUGAGCAGGAGACACAGAUCAAUUAUGACAGACAGGUGUAUAAGGAGGACCUGCCUCAGUUGCGACAGCAGAGCAGAGAGAAGAAACAGCAGGUUGGAUCUCUGAAGAGACAGAGAGGACCAGAUCAAGGCCUCCGGCUGCAGUUUGUACACGGGUACCGUGGUUAUGACUGCAGGAACAACCUGUUCUACACUCAGGGGGGGGAGGUGUUGUACCACGUGGCGGCGGUGGGCGUGGUCUACAAUCGGCAGCUGCACAGCCAGCGCUUCUACCUCGGACACGAUGACGACAUCCUGAGCCUCAGCAUCCAUCCGGUGAAGGACUACGCUGCUACAGGACAGGUGGGGAGGGACCCAGCCAUCCAUGUGUGGGACAUCCAGACCCUGAAGUGUCUCUCUUUGCUGAAAGGUUUCCAUCAGAGAGGAGUGUGUGCUCUGGACUUCUCAGCUGAUGGGAAGAGUCUGGUGUCAGUGGGAGUCGAUGACGGACAUUCAAUUGUAGUCUGGGACUGGAAGAGAGGAGAGAAACUCGCUACUGCCAGAGGUCAUAAAGAGAAGAUAUUUGUGGUGAAGUGUAAUCCCAUGCUGAUGGACAAACUGGUCACUGUGGGAAUCAAACACAUCCAGUUCUGGCAACACGCAGGUGGUGGUCUGACCUUCAGGCGUGGUGCGUUCAGGAGUGUUGGCCGACCAGAGACCAUGAUGUCGGUGUGUUAUGGCCGCACCGAGGCACUGGUGUUCUCCGGCGCGGCCACCGGAGACGUUUACAUCUGGAAGGAACCGCUGCUACUGAAAACAGUCAAAGCCCACGAUGGACCCGUGUUCGCCAUGUUCUCCCUCGACAAGGGCUUUGUGACGGGCGGAAAGGACGGCGUGGUGGAGCUGUGGGAUGACAUGUUUGACCGCUGUCUGAAGACGUACGCCAUCAAGAGAGCAGCGUUGUCCCCAGGCUCUAAAGGCCUGCUGCUGGAGGACAACCCCUCCAUCAGAGCCAUCACUCUGGGUCACGGUCACAUCCUGGUGGGAACCAAAAAUGGAGAAGUUCUAGAGAUAGACAAGACCGGACCAAUGACCCUGCUGGUGCAGGGUCAUAUGGAGGGCGAAGUUUGGGGUCUGGCCACUCACCCCCUCCUCCCCGUCUGUGCCACCGUCAGUGAUGAUAAAACCCUGCGACUGUGGGAGACGUCAGCCAAUCACCGCAUGGUGGCCGUCCGCAAGCUGAAGAGAGGCGGUCGCUGCUGUGCCUUCUCUCCGGAUGGGAAGGCGUUGGCAGUGGGUCUGAGCGAUGGCGGCGUGCUGGUGGUAAACGCUGACACAUUGGAGGAUCUGCUGAGCUUCCACCAUCGCCGCGACGCCAUCUCUGACAUCCGCUUCACCCCAGACUCAGGUAAAUUCCUGGCUGUGGCGUCCCAUGACAGCUUCGUCGACAUCUACAACGUGCUGAGCAGUAAGAGAGUGGGGAUCUGUAAAGGAGCGUCCAGUUACAUCACACACAUCGACUGGGAUGCCCGAGGUAAACUGCUGCAAGUGAACACAGGAGCCAAAGAGCAACUUUUCUUCGAAGCCCCGAGAGGAAAAAGACAGACCAUCAGAAACUCUGAGCUGGAGCGGAUCGACUGGUCCAGCUGGACGUGUGUUCUGGGUUCAAGCUGUGAUGGGAUCUGGCCGACGCACAGUGACAUCACCGACAUCAACGCUGCGUCGCUCACCAAAGACCGAACGCUGUUCGCCACUGGAGACGACUUCGGCUUCCUCAAACUGUUCAGCUACCCCGUUCGAGGUCAGUACGCCCGUUUCAAGCGCUAUGUGGGCCACAGCGCCCAGGUGACCAAUGUCCGCUGGGCUCAGGACGACUCCGCCCUGCUGACGGUGGGCGGUGCCGACACUGCACUGAUGAUCUGGGCGAGGGAGCGAGGAGGUGGGGUCAGCGGAGAGGGGGAGGGGCCUUUGUGUCGUGACAACCGACCGCCCGUGGACAGUGAGGAGUCGGAUGAUGACACUGAGGAGGACGGAGGUUACGACAGUGACGUUGCUCGGGAGAAGACGGUGGAUUACACCACUAAGAUGUACGCUGUCAGCCUCAGAGAGAUGAGAGGAACCAAACCUCACCAACAGCUGAAGGAGCUAUCUGCUGAGGAGAGGCAGGGCAUUGUCAAGGGAUCCAGGCCUCCAGUGAGUCGAGCGGCACCGCAGCCAGAGAAACUCCAGAAGAACAACGUCUCCAAGAAAAAGAGACUGGUCGAGGACCUGGUUUUGGAUCAUGUGUUUGGUUUUCGGGGCUUCGAUUGUCGUAACAACCUGCACUACCUCAACGAUGGCACCGACAUCGUCUACCACACUGCCGCCACUGCCAUCGUCCACAGUCUCAGCAACGGAACUCAGAGUUUCUACCUGGAACACACUGAUGACAUCCUCUCUUUGACUGUCAACCAGCACCCGAAGUAUAAAAAUAUCAUCGCCACUGGACAGAUCGGUGACGUCAGUGAACUCCCAGGCACCACUCCUUCGAUCCACGUAUGGGACGCGAUGAGUAAACAGACUCUGUCCAUCCUUCGCUGUCCUCACACUAAAGGCGUCGGCUACGUUAACUUCAGCGCCACGGGGAAGCUGCUGCUGUCUGUCGGAGUGGAACCUGAACACACCAUCACUGUGUGGCGCUGGCAGGAAGGGUCCAAGGUGUGCAGUAAAGCAGGACACCCAGACCGGAUCUUCGUGGUGGAGUUUCGUCCAGACUCUGACUCCCAGUUCGUGUCGGUGGGAAUCAAACACGUAAAGUUCUGGACACUAGCCGGUGGCUCUCUGAUGUACAAGAAGGGAGUGGUGGGAACGGUGGAGGACGGCAGGAUGCAGACGAUGCUGUCUGUCGCCUUCGGUGCUAACAACUUAACGUUCACUGGAGCCAUUAACGGGGACGUUUACGUGUGGCGGGAUCACUACCUGCUGAGGGUGGUAGCGAAGGCUCACACCGGACCAGUCUUCACCAUGUACACCACGCUGAGAGACGGACUCAUCGUCACCGGCGGGAAGGAGAGGCCGACCAAGGAGGGCGGCGCGGUGAAGCUCUGGGAUCAGGAGAUGAAGCGCUGUCGAGCCUUCCAGCUGGAGACGGGACAGCAGGUGGAGUGCGUCCGAUCCGUCUGCAGAGGCAAGGGUAAGAUCCUGGUGGGGACAAAGGACGGGGAGAUCAUCGAGGUCGGGGAGAAGAACGCGGCGUCCAACCUGCUGCUGGACAGUCACGCUCGGGGAGGAAUCUGGGGUCUUACCGCUCAUCCAACUAAAGAUCUCUGCAUCACCGCCAGCGACGACUCCACCAUCCGACUGUGGGACCUCACUGAUAAGAAACUGUUAAACAAGGUGUGUGUCGGCCACGCAGCCCGGUGUGUGAACUACAGCGCAGAUGGAGACAUGCUGGCAGUGGGGAUGAAGAACGGCGAGUUCCUCCUCCUCCUCGCCAACACGCUGAAGAUGUGGGCGAAGAAACGAGACCGCAGCGUCGCCAUCCAGGACAUCCGGUUCAGCCCGAACCGGCGGCUGUUGGCAGUCGGAUCGGUGGAGAACACGGUGGAUGUUUACGAUAUGAGUGGAGGACCAAAUCUGAACCGGCUGGUUUACUGCAGCGACAUCCCUGCUUUCAUCCUGCAGCUUGACUUCUCUGCUGACAGCUGUUAUAUACAGGUGUCUACAGGAGCUUAUAAGCGGCAAGUGUUUGAGGUUCCUUCAGGGAAGUUGGUGAGCGACCAAACCAUCAUCGACAGAAUCACCUGGGCAACCUGGACCAGCGUCCUGGGAGAUGAAGUUUUGGGGAUUUGGCCGCGAAACGCAGACAAAGCUGAAGUCAACUGUGCGUGUGUGUCUCACGCCGGCCUGAACAUCGUCACCGGUGACGACUUUGGAUUGGUCAAACUGUUCGACUUCCCCUGCACAGAGAAGUUUGCCAAACACAAGCGCUACCUCGGCCACUCGGCUCACGUGACCAACAUCCGCUUCUCCCACGAAGACAAAUACGUGAUCAGCACAGGAGGAGACGACAGCAGUGUGUUUGUGUGGAAAUGCCUCUAAACGCAGAGAUUUCUGCCGCCUGGUGACGCUUUUAUCCAAAGCGCCUUAACAGCACCACAAGUGGAUCCAGAGGGAAUCCGACCCACAACCCGAACGUCUUUGUUAGACAGCGAGUCUCCUGAAGAGUUCACAAGCUGAAGAUGAAAGCAGACUCGCUGCCGCGACACAAAGCCGACUU